CCAUGCCAUAAUCGGGAGCCCAGCCUGGGGCCGUGGAUGGCAUUCCGAUGUGCUGUGGUACUAGAUAUCGAAGGCGCGAAUUCUAUCGAGGAAUUAACAAGCGAGAGUCAAACGAGUUUGUUGAUUCGUGGGCGAUACCUCAGUCGGACGCGUGCUCCCAUGACGAAAAACUGCACGUACUUGCUGGGCAGAUGGAGAAGGCGUUCGCUCAAAGUGCCGCUACUCCGAGGAACGGGAGUGUUCCACCAGAUGCGUGGCGUGCGUGGGCUCUACCGCGUUUGUCGUUAGCUCCCAACCACCCUUAAAUGUACUCAUCCGAUCAAAUACUGUACCAUUACACUAAGGACGUGCGGAUCCUUCAGCGGUCUGUGCGUGCUCGUAAAGAGAAUUUGUGUCUGGAUUACGUCCGUGCACCACCGUCAGGGAAAGUUAUCGAGUGCCGUCGAUUGCUCCAAGAAGCUCUUCGUGAGAUCCGUGAUCGUUUUCCCGAUGGUAUCGAUGCUAUUUUGCUCAGCGCUGGGCUAGAUACCUCGAUCUUGUCCGAGGCGAGUGCCCAGGACUUGUCUGCAGAAACGGAUGACGGGUUUAUGACGAUCUCACUCGACAAGGAAGGAAAGGCACGUCCAAUACUUCGUUUUCGGCAUGCAUUGACAGUUCAGGCCGAUCCCAAGGCCCAGGACGCUGCCUUUGCCGCUAACAUCUUCAAACGCCUGGAAAGUGUGUCAGUUGAACAGCAUCAUGUGCUGCGACUAGCUUUGGAUGAUUUACUAAAGAAUUCCUCGGAGGUAGCACAACUAUUGUGUACUUGUGAUCCGAUGGAACUGCGCAACUCCCUGGUUAUCUAUGAGGCGCUGCGAGAGGCCUCAGAGCUCGGUGUCAAGCAUCUUGUGACUGGAGACGCAGCGGAUGAGGUGUUUUGCGGGUACUCGUUCUACCAUGGAAUGACCGAAGAGGCUUUAAGCAGAUAUCGAGAACGUAUCACUGCCACUAUGCAGUUCACUACGGCCAAACUUGCGGGGGAACUUGGAAUUGAGGUAAUCAGUCCAUAUCUCGAUGCUCGCAUAGUCAACUUUUCCAAAACCUUGAGCAAAAGUGACAUGGUAGGUGGGCGAACUCCAGUUCCACUUGAUGGAGAGCAAGGCGCUCAUGGCAAGUUGAUCCUGCGUCAAGCUUUCCCCGAGAGCUUCUCCCAGUGGCGCGCCAAAGAGCCCAUUGAGUCUGGUUCGGGCACUACUCGACUACGUCUCGGGUUCUUCGACUCGCAUUGGACCGAUAUGGAAUUCGCAGAGCAGCAGCGCUUUGUCUGCCGAGAGCAUAACGUGUACAUUCGGGAUCGAGAGCAUUUGUGCUUUUUCCAGGCCUUUUUGCGAGCUUUUGACGGAGACCUUGCGAAUGUGCCGCGUCGAAGAUUGAGCGAGUCGACUCAAGUUGUGGAAGCUCACGGACAAGAGGAGACAGCGGGCAGCCCGAACGUAUUUUGUCCCGGAUGCGGAUUCGAGCUCUCACAUCCGAAACAGGACUUUUGCGUCACUUGCGGCUGCUGGCCAACGUGCAUCUCACCCACCAACGACACGCGGGGAUACGCGACAGAAGCACUUGCCAAACUUAAAACCGAGAAGGAGCGUCUCCUACAGCACUAGAAAGUUUGCCAAAGGGUAAGAUCAUUGGAGUAUCAAACUGUUAUGGCCAA